AUGUACGCCCAAGGAUUACGUUUUCAUCUCGCCCAACUUGUUUUGGUGCUCCUUUUGUCCGACGUCUUGGGACGCCUGCAUAAGCGAAAUGGCUAUCACUACCGUCCUCAGCAACCCCCACCAAUCCAUCAAGGUGGAUAUUUCGAGCCCCACCUCCCGGCAGUGGAGCAUCCCGAGCCAGAAAAGACACAACAUAGCCCCAAAAGCUACUACUCUUCAUCGGGAGGAGGAUCAGUUUCGACCAAGGGAUCCGGUGGCUACAGCAUUGGCAGCGGGCUACGUUCCAUUGCCCAGGGGUCGGCGGAUCAGGCCCACAGUGCAGUGACCAACCAGCAUGCAGCUGCCAAGCAGGCGGCUUAUAUAGCCCAGAAUACCCUGGCCCAAGCAGCUUCCCAGGCGGCGGCCACUGCGCAAGCGGCUUUGGUGGGAAAGCAAGUUGUUCUCCAGGAGUUGGAGCAGCAGGCAGCCGAGGCCCAGAGAUCUCUGUCCCGCGAGCUAGAGCAACUGAAGGCGGCCAAGAUCUCCGCCAGAUUGGCACAGCAGACGGCCCAAGCAGCUCAUCAUCACAUAUCCGUGCUAACAGCAGCCGUAAAUAAUGCCAAAUCCGUGGCUGAGCAGGCCGAACAAACCUCCACGGAGGUAAACAACCAACUGGCCUCACAAUCCCAGAUGGUGGGUCAGUCAAAGAACCGAUUAGAGCAGGUGGAGGAGCAGUUGCACCAGGCGCGUGUUGACUAUGCGGCCACCAAGGAGUCCGCCCUGAAGGCGGCCAAUUCCGCAGCUGCGGCUCAGGUGAAUGCUUCCAAGGCGGCCCAGCAUGCCACGAUCGGAUUGCACGAGAGCACAAAUACCCACGGGCACGACGGUCAGGAGUUAGGUGGGGAGGAGGAGUCCUACGAUGAGCACCUGGACACCAGUGGCGGAGAAGUGGGCCACACCGGCGGAGGAGAGGAGCUAGUCGAACACGUUCGAGCUCCCUAUUAGUAAGGGAUUACCUAUCACUAGAUUCGUUAAAAUAAACUUAGUUGAUAGUAAUAUUUAUGUAAAUAUAGGUAAAGUCAGACUCAUGUGGCUGUGAAUUAUCAGCACUUUAAAAUGGACCA